AAGUUAUACUUUAUUUCCAAUAGGGAGCGCUCUCGAAUAAUGUUUGUAGAGUGUGGUGUGGGGAGGGGGGCCUUGACCUUGGUGACCAUUUUGUAUUUAUUUAGAAUGAUAUAGUCACAUAUUUUAAGCACAAACUGCCCCCACAUAGCCACUAGGAAGCAGGAUCGAACACACAAGCUGCAUAACCCUCACAUAGCCACUAGGAAACGGGAUCGAACACAUAAGCUGCAAUUACUACUCCAACCACAGAUGGCAGCACCAUUAAACAGGCGAGGAGGGAGGAACUAUUACGUCACACCCGCCACGCCCACUUGACCCUAUAAAGAUCGACAGAGAGAUUGGAGUGCAGAACUCAUAGCCAGACCCGCAGAGAGCCUGGGGGCAGAAGGGUCAUAGGCUGAAGUUGGAGGUUGGAAGUUGGAAGUUAGAUUUUUUAUUUGUCAGUGUCACCAUUGAAAAUGUAGAUUUGGAAGUUGGAAGUGUAACCAUUGAACAUGUAUGGAUUUGGAAGUUGGAAGUUAUAAUUUUUAUCAGUGUGACCAUUGAACAUGUGUGGAUUCGGAAGUUGGAAUUUGUCAGUAUCACCCAGACUCAGCCAGACCUUACACUUUCCAAUUUGGAUUUUUUGUCAGUGUACCCAUUGAACAUAUGUUGAUUUGGAAGUUUGAAGUUGUAAUAUGUCAGUCUCACCAUUGAACAUAUGUAGAUUUUGAAGUUGGAAGUGUGACCAUUAAACAUGUGUGGAUUUGGAAGUUGGAAUUUGUCAGUGUCACCAUUGAAUAUGUGUCGAUUUGGAAGUAUGACCAUUGAACAUAUGUCGAGUUGGAAGUUGGAAUUUGUCAGUGUCACCAUUGAACAUGUGUGGAUUUGGAAGUUGGAAGUAUGACCAUUGAACAUGUGUGGAUUUGGAAGUUGGAAGUUGGAAUUUGUCAGUGUCACCAAGAUACAGCCAGACCUUACCCUGCCCAAUUUGGAAUUUUGGUCAGAGUGUCACCAUUGAACAUAUGUCGAUUUGGAAGUUGUAAUUUGUCUGUCACCAUUGAACAUGUGUCGAUUUGGAAGUGUGACCAUUGAACAUGUGUGGAUUUGGAAGUUGGAAGUGUGACCAUUGAACAUGUGUGGAUUUGGAAGUUGGAAGUGUGACCAUUGAACAUGUGUGGAGUUGGAAGUUGGAAUUUGUAAGUGUCACCAUUGAACAUAUGUCGAGUUGGAAGUUGUAAUUUGUCAGUGUCACCAUUGAACAUGUGUCGAUUUGGAAGUUGGUUAAAUUGUUCGUAAUUCAAAUUUUCACUUCAUCAGUAGAUAAGCCGGUCAACAAUCAAACAUUUAUUUAUUAAUACUGUAACAUUGGAACAUUUAAACAUAUCAAAAAUAGAACAUAUUAACAUAACAACAAUGGAACAUAUCAACAAUGGAACACAAGUUAGCCAAUAUCUGUCAGAACUACCACCAUCUUCCUGGCUCCUUGAAACUUUGUGGCGGGCGGCAUUGGGCCUGUAAUAACCCUGCUUUUUUUCCACCACCGCCCCAGAAAACGAUAGCUUCCUCUUCACCACUCGACAUUUCAGUGGGCGUCCCACUUCAGGUUCCUCUGAGUCAGAUUCCUCCAGUUCCAGGGAGGCCAUUUACUCAUCAAUGGAAGGGUCUCGCUGUGAAGCGGGUGACAUGGGUGUGGGCGGGGUCCCAGUGUUGAGGUCCUCAUCACAGGGAGGGUCUCGCUGUGCAGCAGGUGUGGGCGGGGUCCCAGUGUUGUGGUCCUCAUCACAGGGAGGGUCUCGCUGUGCAGCAGGUGUGGGCGGGGUCCCAGUGUUGAGGUCCUCCUCGCUAGUCGACUCUCGCUGUGCAGUGGGUGACCUUGGUGUGGGCGGGGUCUCCGUGUCAUAGCCAUCAUCAUAAGAUGGCUCUCGUUCCUCCGCACUGCUCGAGUCCUCUUCCUCUCUGGUGUCAGCGUCCUCCAUUAGCGUCUUCAUUCUUAGACCCCUCACCUGAAACAGUUCCGUCACGUUCGGGACAGGGCAGUAAAACUGGUCAGCAGUCGCUACGUCGUGGCACAUUAAGCUUGCCACCCUGGUGCGCUCCUCCUGUGUCAGGUGUUUCUUUGCCUUGGAAGAGGACAUGAAAGUUGGUGUUAAAUUUCAGAGGGCUUUGGUGUAAGUUAUGUCCACUUUCACACUCAAGCCUGAUGGUUGAGAAUGCAAUGCAAGGUUCCACACUUACCUGACUGCUGACACUGGAUCGCACCAUGUUAAAGUUGAUGCUGCCCUUCAUGCCAGCAUCAACCCAAGCGCCAAGGAGCAGACGACUCAAUUUUGAAUGUUGUUGCCCAUCAUGCCUGUGGAUGAGGUAAGGCGAGUCCUUGGAUAUGUCCAUCAGACGUCUCAGCCAACCGUACUCCUCCUCAAAGAGAGCCAUCUGGGCAUGCCCAAAGCUUCUUUGAGUCUUAUGCUCCCCAACCUGAAAGACAAAAUAAACAUAUGGUAGUCACACACAGACACACACACACACACACACACACACACACACACACACACACACACACACACACACACACACACACACACACACACACACACACACACACACACACACACACACACACACGAAAAACAACCAUCUGACGUGUAACUCACCCACACUACAUAUCCAGGGUAGUGUUUUUUAAGUCUAAAAAAUGUCUUAAAUUUCAUGUUCCUCAAUUAAGGCCUUAAAAAGUCUUAAAUUGCGUUACCCAAGUCUUAAUUUUUUAAAGAAGGUCUUAAAUUUCCUACAAGGAUUAGUUUUCGUUGUGAACCGGACUGUAACGCAAGGGGAAAAUGGGGGGCGUUUUGCGUAACGUCAGAGAGCGUCUCAUUUAUUGGAGUAUGCGCAAACAAUACUUUGGGUUUUCGCGCCGGCCGGUGGCAAUCUCAACAAACAAACAGUCGAGAGGAGACGCCACAUCAUGGGGAAGUGUCGGUUUAACGCGCAGUGGCUUUCGGAUCUGAGGGGAAAAACGGUCUGUCUAGUUACUGGACCAGAUGAAAUGAGACGGAGAGGUAAUAAAGUCUGUCGGCACGAGGACCUUGGAUUUAUUAAGUAAAGUGGCAACGGUUAUACAGAGUCAUAAAGCGUGAGAGAUCGAAUAUGUCUAAGUCCCUAAUCAGCGCUGAUGGUUCGUCCAGAGCUUUGCCUCCGUGGAAGGUCUGCUUCAGAAGAAGAUCAAGAGUCCCUGUGUGAUAGUUUUAUGCUGUAUCCUCCUCUCGAUGAGGUGUGUGCGGUUCUGUGUGUUUUUGCUUGACCUUGGCUCUCAGGCCCUGGUAUAUGCAUGUGUAUCUCGUGUGUUCCUCCUAACGGGGGAGAGCUCCUCAAAGUGUCUCCUGUGUCCUCGAAGUAUCUCUUGUGUGAUAAAUUAAUGUGGCUCUCAGGCCCUGGUAUAUGCAUGUGUAUCUCUUAUGUUCCUCCUAACGGGGGAGAGCUCCUCGAAGUAUCUCCUGUGUCCUCGAAGUAUCUCUUGUGUGAUAAAUGAAUGUGGCUCUCCCGUUCUUGAGGAUGACUGGUGCAUUGUCUGAGUGUCUACCAUUUGCCUGGAUGGGGAAAUGGGGCCUUCGGCUCCGGCCUUGAACUGACUAUAUUAUCAUGUUUGUGUUAUGUGUUCGUUGGGUUAGAGCAAGAGUUGACUAUAUUGUAAUGUGUCUGCCAUGUGAUGUGCUCAUCAGGCUAGGGUAGGAGUUAGCUAUAUUUGUAAUGUACAUGUGAUGUACUCAGCAGGUUAUUUUGCCCAACAGAUCCUAGGUACAGUGAUUGGGUGAGGCAGGUGCCGGGAACCGACCUCGAAGCUGUAUCUGUCGGAAGACUUUCAAGCUAAGCACUUUAGGUCAUCUCGCUUUGGAGUCUCAGUCUCACAAGAGCGAAAAACACAAGUCGCAUGCCCUUCACAGCCAGCCGCCCAUCGCUCAGUUCUGCACCGCGGCAUGCACCUGUAAGCGCGAGCAACUUGACCACUGUCGAAAGUCACCAGCACCGAACGAGCCAGACUUCAUCGCCUCGAACACUUACAGCAACAGCACAAGGGCCGAGCAGUGGUGUGAUACAUGUCGGUGGAGCCCCGACACUUCGGGCAGAGGUGAUCUGGAUUUUGAAAUCCAUUAGCGACCACCACUCGUAUAGCUCGAAUGAAGGGAUAAGCGAAAUCUUCAAGGCUAUGUUCUCGGACUCCGAAAUAGCUGCAACGUUCACCAGUGGCAAGAACAAGACCUCGUACAUUACAAAGUUCGGGCUGGCUCCAUUCAUUACGAAGGAGUUAGUUAAAGAGGUCAACGAGGCAAGUGGUGGAUUCGUCGUCAUGUUCGACGAAAGUCUUAACAAGACGACCAAGACGAAGCCAUUGGACAUCCACCUCCGUUACUGGAGUGGCGACCAUGUUGCUUUGAGAUAUCUUGGCUCUCAGUUUAUGGGUCAUGGAAAAGCUGUGGACCUACUGAAACAUUUUAAAGAAUGUAUCACUGAUCUUGAUCAGCGGAUAAUGGUUUCGAUUUCAAUGGAUGGACCAAAUGUUAACUGGAAGUUCUUAGAGCUGCUUCAGCGGGAGCUUGGUGAGCAAUAUGCCGGGAAGCAGCUGGCAGUGGUCGGGACUUGCGGCCUCCAUACCCUCCAUAAUUCUGUCAAAGCAGGGUUCAACGCAUGGCAAAUGGAAAAGAUAUUAAGAGCUCUUCACACUAUCUUCUUAAAUGUGCCAGCAAGAAGGGAGGACUUCAUCGCUGUGACGAAAUCAAGCACUUUCGCCCUACCCUUUUGUGGGCACCAGUGGGUUGAAAACUUGCCUGUUGCCGAAAGAGCCCUCCAAAUAUGGCCCAACAUUCUCAAAUAUGUAGCAGCUGUAAGAACCAAAGAUGUCAACAAUCCAGCCACCUCAUCAUUCGACACCAUCGAAGUGGCAGCAAAAGAUCCUUUCGUAAUAGCCAAGCUGGAGUUUUUCACCGCAGUAUGCCGAACUGUAUCACCAUUUCUUACGAGAUAUCAAACUGAUGAGCCGGUCCUGCCUUUCAUCGCACACGACCUAGCAGAACUAUUAAAGAGCUUGCUGAGGAGAUUUGUUAAAAUAGACCUUCUCCGAGAUGCUACCCCUGCUCAACUAGUCCGUCUUGAUGUCACCGAAAAGGAGGCAACGGUGCCUGUGAGGGCCAUUGACAUUGGCAUUGGAGCGGAAAAUGCCAUUAAGAAAGGAGUGCAUGGAGGGUCUGAUCAAAAUAGUGAAGAAGCUUCAGGACAAAAGCCCUCUGAAAUACCCGACAGUGAGACAGAUGAGUUGUCUUGAUCCAGCCAAGAUGUACACCUCUCCUGAACUCUGUCAGAGCCAGAUGAAAGGCCUAGUUAAACAGUUUAUCCAGGACAAGCAGUUGGAUGGAGGAAUUGCUGCCGGUACAUAAUGUUUCCUUUCAUGAUUAAAAAAAGAUUGUCCUGACAUGAACUGAGUCAUAUUGUUUGAACCUCUUCUUAUACUGUGCAUGACACUGACAUUCUUUUCUCAUUCCUCAGUUGACCUAAUCAUCCAGCAGUUUGCACAGUUUUCAUUGGACGUGUGCCUACAAUCCUUUGGAGAAGCGGCUGGAUGUUUUCCUCCACACUUACGUCAGUCAUCCUUACCCCCAGAUGUGGGUUUUCAUCCAGAAGCUGCUGUUGCUCUCACAUGGACAGGCCACGGUUGAAAGGGGCUUCUCAGUGAAUAAAGAGGAAAUAUCUAAUAUUCAAGAAGACACAAUUGUUGCACACAGAAUUGUGUGUGAUUACGUGACACUGCACGGAGGCGUCUUGAAGGUACCCUUGACACCAGGACUUCUGUCCUCUGUUGUGUCGGCAAGGAGCAGGUAUAGAAUUUAUCUUAACUGAAAAACAAAAAAAGUUAUCAGAAGCCCAAGGCUUUAAACGGAAAGCAGUUGAGGAGCAAUUGCAAAACUUGAGAAAGAAAAGGGCAUCCAUUCAGGAAGUGUCUGACAACCUGGCUAGGGAUGCAGACAAAUUAGCAGAGCAGGCAGAAGGAAAGCAAGGAAGCAAGAUGGCUGAACUAAUUGCGAAAUCGAAUGCUUUUAGAAGAAGCCACAGAGACAAACAGGCUGAACUUAAAAAUAUCGAUGUAGAUAUUGUUGCCAAAGUUGUUGAGCUUAGAAACCUGUAGGUACUGUACUUUUCCCUACAGGUUUCUAAGCAAUCUUGUUUUUUCUGUUUAGAGUGUUCAUUUAUAUUGUGCGUUGAAGCAAUGCAAUUGCUGACAUUUUCAUUGAGUUUGUUUAUAUUGUGUGUUGAAAGUUUGACAUCUAACCCAAAAAUACAGCUACACUUUCACACCAUCACUUUGUGUAUUGUUUUUUUGAAUCUUUUAUUAUCAUUUCUGGGUACAUGGUCAUAACUAGUUAAGAGACAUCAGGCCUCUAGGCCUUGAGUUAGGCCCUCAGUUUGGCUCUUUGGUGAGUGCACACUUAUCCUUUGGCACAUUCAUUAAUGUAUUGACAUGAAUUUUCCAAAAAAACAUGAAUAAUAUAUGCACUGGGGUUUUACGACCGCCUAAUGGGUGCGAUGUAGGUCUUAAUUUUCAUUGAAGUGGUCUAAAAAAAGUCUUAAAUUUGGGGUGAUCAAACUUGGGGAAACCCUGAUAUCCUUCUCCCUUCUGCCUCCAGGACCUCCUUCUUCUUCAAAGAAUUGAACACCACUGGCCGGUGUCCAGUUAGAAUGGCAAGGUAGCCAGUAAGGUAGCCCUGGACCAGGCCAAGGUCCAGCGAUGUGGCCUUUUUUUCCAGUCGAUCUAAUAGGAGAGGAAAUAGAAACCCUAAAUGGGGCACCAUCUCUUCAUGGUCCUUCAGAGGACUUCUCAUUUUCCCUAGUAUGUUUCCUUAUUGCCUGCUAUAAGGAAACAUACUGGGGAACAUGGUAUGUUUCCUUAUUGCCUGCUAUAAAGGUUGAAGUCAGGGGGUAUCGUUCGGAUCGUUUUACUGAACUGUGAGCAUGUAAAGCUCUUUUAAACUGUAAACAGGGAUUCAAGGCUAUAAAUAAGCUUGUACCAGAACUUGAAUUGAACUAUAUUGAAACCUAAACAAGGCAAACCAAAGGAGAAUAUGUUUGUGGCGUACUUACUGAGCAAUUUGGGGAUCUUUCGCUUCGCCUUCUCUAAGAAGCGGUUUUCCACCCCAGCACUCAGCAUGUUCUCUGGACACACGAAAUGAUGGAAAGGAAAUACAUAUUUUGUAUUUCUGUAAUAACAAUAAGUCACAUAUUGAUUCUGACAUCUUUAGACUGGCUCCAGUGCCUAUUGAGUCCCAGUCCCACAACUCACUCCAUAUUGAACACACUUCCAAUUUCUGACCUCCCUUCCUUUUGGAAGCGGGACAAAUGAGGGUAUGGUUAAGGAAACCAUGGGACCAAAGUAGUUUAGUGAGGCACACGCUUCAAAAACAUAGGAGAAUUUUGAAGUUGAUACGGAAGUUGAUUGGAAGCCAGUGGAGUUGUUCUAGGAUGGGGGUGAUGUGGUGGAAAGAGGGGGUUUGGGAGAUGAUACGGGCAGCUGAGUUCUGGACCAGUUGGAGCUUAUGGAGGGAUUUCUGGGGGAGACCAAAGAGGAGAGAGUUACAGUAAUCAAUACGGGAGGUGACAAGGCUAUGUACAAGAAUAGAGGUGGUGUGGGGGGUGAGGGAGGGAUGGAGGCGAUUUAUGUUACGAAGAUGGAAGUAGGCAGUGCGGGUGGUGAUGUUGAUAUGGGAUUUGAAGGAAAGUGAGCCAUCAAGGAUGACACCCAGACUCUUCACCUGGGGGGAGGGGGAAACUAUGGAGCUGUCAAAUGAGAGGGAAAAACUGUCAACUUUGAGUAGAGUUGAUUUAGUACCAACUAAAAGGAUUUCUGUUUUAUUGCUGUUAAGUUUAAGGAAGUUUGAGGUGAACCAGGUUUGUACUUCAGAGAGGCAAUCUGUUAGGGAUGAGGGAGGGAGGAUGGAGUUGGGUUUGGUGGAGAGGUAGAGCUGGGUGUCAUCCGCGUAGCAGUGAAAAAUAAUAUUAAAUUUACGGAAAAUA